AUGCACUCAAAUUACUUGUUCCUCAAGAAUGGAUAUAGCUCUGGACCCCGCCUCCUCCCUCCUCCUCUUCCCCCUCCCCCUACUCCAUCUCCACCUCCACCGCCGCCACCGCCGCCACCUCCUCCUCCACCACCUACCUUGAACAUGGAACUGGUCACAAUGAGGGCAUUUGGUGAUAAUCACUGGUACUUACUGCUCAAGGAUCCAAUGCUGGGUGACCGGAUGUUCCAUCUCGACCAUUUCAAAUCACAGGAACAUCCGUGUCUCGAGGUUAAACUUCCGGAUGAUUGGCUGCAAGAUCUUCUGCAAGGUGGUCUCUGGGUCGGUCGUGUCUCCCGUUCACAUCUACUGGAAUGGAUGGAAAUGGAGUUGGAGCACUUCACACAGGCCAUCUAUAAGGACAAGAGCCGCGCAACAAUCAGAGACAAGCAGAGACCGUGCUACAUAUGGUGCCUCGAUGCGCUGGACUUUUUGAACAGGAAAGUUGCUAGUGGAGAGCUUAGAAAGAACUCCUCCUUCGUACGGCCCUCAGAGAGCGAGGUCACGCAGCAUUUUCGUCAGUCACACCUUCAGGAUUCUGCAACGCCCUUCAAGAACUAA